AUGGAUAUGCUCCUCAGUGACUCUGAUUGGGAGAGUUUUAGUGAGACUGGAAGUAGUGAGGAUCACGAGGAAAAUGAAUAUUUCUAUGGCGGACAUGCCAGUAGUAUAUUGUCUAGCCUGGAGGCUACCAUUGGGAAAAUUGAUGACUUUCUCUCGUUUGAGAGGGGAUUUAUGUAUGGGGACAUGGUGUGCUCUGUAAGAGAUCCAUCUGGACAAAUGGGAAGAGUGGUUGGGAUCAAUAUGUUUGUUGAUUUGGAGAGUGUUAAUGGAAAUAUGAUAAAAGAUGUGAACUCCAAGAACCUUUUGAAGAUCCGGUCCAUUUCAGUGGGGGAUUAUGUUGUUUGUGGUCCAUGGCUUGGAAGGGUGGAUAGAGUGGUUGACCGUGUUACUGUUGUCUUUGAUGAUGGGACGGAGUGUGAGGUCACUGCUGUUGAUCAAGAGAAGCUCUUACCCAUUUCUCCAAACAUACUUGAAGAUCCACAGUACCCAUAUUAUCCAGGACAGAGAGUGCAGGUCAGGCUUUCAACUGCUUCCAAGUCAACAAGGUGGUUAUGCGGUAACUGGAGGGAAAAUCAAGAUGAGGGAACUGUUCGUUAUGUGGAAGGAGGUUUGGUGUAUGUUGAUUGGCUUGCCUCUGUUCUCAUGGGAUGUGAUUCAAAAUUGCCUGCUCCUCCACGUGUGCUUGAUUCAAAAAAGUUGACUUUGUUGUCUUGUUUCUCUCAUGCAAACUGGCAACUUGGGGACUGGUGUAUGCUUCCAGUUAGUGACCAUAAAGCUAUCAUGGAGCAGGCUUUUCAUAAUGCAUCAACUUGUGAGCUCAUUAACCAGCGCAAGAAAUCAGAAAGAGGAUUCAGGAGAAGAAACACUAAUUCAAAAUUUGAGGAAAUCUUUGUUAUCAUAAAGACAAAGACAAAAGUUGAUGUUGUUUGGCAAGAUGGUAGCCACUCUUUGGGAUUAGAUUCACAGACAUUAGCUCCAGUAAGUGUUGUAAAUGAUCAUGAAUUUUGGCCUGAACAGUUUGUCCAGGAAAAGAGUACUUGUGAUGAUCCACACUUGCCUAGUAGUCAAAGAUGGGGUGUUGUGCAGGGUGUGGAUGCAAAGGAAAGGACAGUAAAGGUGCAAUGGAAAACUAUCACUGCACCUGAAGCAAAUAAUUCAGAGGGAGAGAAAAUGGAUGAAAUUGUAAGCGCUUAUGAACUGGUUGAGCACCCAGAUUACUCCUACUGUUUUGGAGAUUAUGUGUUCAGGUUGGUCCAGAAUCAGUUUGAUGAACAAGCUGAUAAAAACUAUCCAAACACAAAGAUUGGCAUGAGCGAGGAAGCUGCUCCGAUAGACAAGAACUGUGGUGGGGAUCAAGACGAGUACACUGAUAAAUGCUACCUAGCUCACAUUGGAAGUGUUAUGGGCUUCAGAGAUGGAGCUGUGGAAGUGAGAUGGGCUACUGGUAUUACAAGCAUGGUGGCCCCUCAUGAAAUUUUCCGGUUUGACAAACAUGAAGGUUCAGCUGCAAUCCCUGCAGAAGAUGACAUUGAGGACUUGAAUCGAGCUAUGAUUCAAAAUGAAAAACAACCUUCUAACCUGAAAGGAAAGGAUUCAUUGAAUUCGGAUGAUGCCAGUAAAGGUUGCAAAAAGUACACAAGGGAGUCUAGUUCCUAUUUCCUUCCUCAAGCUGCUAUUGGAUUUUUCACAAGCAUAGCUGCGAAUCUUUUUGGAUCCCAUGAUUCCGCAUCACUUUCAGGUCCUUCACCAUCAGUCUGUAUUUCUGAAGUUGGAAAUGAAUCUGAGAUCUCCCAUGAGAAAGGAAUAGUGGAAACUUGUGACCUUUUCACUAAGCCACAUUCAACGGCUGAGCUGGAAAGAUUUGGAAAGAAAAUUUUGAUUGAGGAAGGCAAAGAAAUUGAGGGGAAUAGCCUUCCACAUUUAAAAGCCAAUGAGACUGCAGGUCAGUUCAGGCAAUUUGACAUGGUUUUUGAUUGCUCAGACCACAAUUUUCAUGGUGCCAGCAAGGAGUUAAUAUUAUCUCAGGUGAAAAGAGGCUGGAUGAAAAAGAUUCAUCAAGAGUGGAGAAUCUUAGAGAAAGAUCUUCCUGAAAAAAUCUAUGUCCGUGCUUUUGAGGAAAGGAUGGAUCUUCUGCGGGCAGUCAUUGUUGGUGCACCUGGAACUCCAUAUCAUGAUGGACUUUUCUUCUUUGACAUUUAUCUUCCUCCAGAGUAUCCUCAUGAACCGCCUUUGGUGCACUACAGAUCUGGUGGUCUCCGUGUCAACCCUAAUUUGUAUGAGUCUGGAAAGGUCUGUCUCAGUCUUCUUAACACAUGGGCGGGUACGGGCACUGAAGUUUGGAAUCCAGGGAGCUCCACCAUUCUUCAAGUUCUUCUCUCCCUUCAAGCCCUUGUGCUUAACGACAAGCCAUAUUUCAAUGAAGCUGGAUAUGAUCAGCAGAUGGGAAGAACUGAGGGAGAGAAAAACUCAGUAAGCUAUAAUGAAAAUGCCUUCCUCAUGACUUGCAAGUCCAUGCUGUACAUACUCCACAAGCCACCUAAGCAUUUCGAGGAGCUUGUGGUGGAACACUUCACUCGGCGCUCCCAAAAUAUUGUAAUGGCGUGCAAGGCGUAUAUGGACGGGGCUCCGGUAGGGUGUGCAGUUGAUUUUCAGAAAACGGAAGAUAAACAUUGUAAGGGAAGCUCUACUGGGUUCAAAAUUAUGCUAUCCAAGCUCUUUCCGAAAUUGGUAGGGGCUUUCUGUGAUAAGGGAAUUGAUUGCAACCGGUUCAUUGGGCCAGAGAAAUGA